GAUGAGAUAAAAGUAUUCGAGGAAAAGUUUUGUCAUGAAGAUAGGAAUAUCGCUGACCGUAUUCUAAAUAAGAUUGAAAAUUCUCUUGAACUUCGCAGCUUUUGUUAUAUCCCUAUUAACACUAAAAUUGUUUGUAUGACAUUAAAGGAAUGUUUUGCAAAUGAUGAAAACUAUAGUCCAAAGACUAUGUCUGAAUUGUACAAUAGAGCAAUUAAAGUUUUACUAUGGCAAAGCCAUCCACUUCUCAGGGGCAAGACUACACCAAAGGAUUACUAAACAAUUCCUUUACCAUCCAAGCUUGAUAAUGAUCUACAAGAAAUAAAACAUGUUGCCAUGGAAGGGCUUAAAGACGGACGCCUAAUUUUUGAAAGAGACACUAACAGUAACUUUGAAAAUCUGGAAAACUCUGGCAUUUUCAAUAAGAUUUGUGACAAAAAAAAUCUUUACUGUUUUCUUCAUUUGACUCUUCAAGAGUUUCUUGCAGCGUUGUAUAUUGUUGACGAUUGGCAAAACAUUGGAAAGUUUUUGGAUGAUCAGGCUAAAGAUCCUAAAUGGCAUUUGGUAAUCGAAUUUGCUGCUGGUUUGGUUGGAAAUAUAAAGAAAAUGACGGGAAAAGAUAUCAGCUUUAUUCUAAAGAGGUUUAAAAACUGGAUUUCAAACUUAAUUUCCAAGGACGGCGAUAAAGUCCUUGGUUUUCUUGGAGUAAAGUGCUUAUACGAGUUGCAGGACAAAGAUGUCAUGAGGUCAGCUUGUACGGAGUUAGAGAACUUUUUUCAAAAAACGCAGAUUGAUGGAGUUUCUUUUACGCCUGUUGAUUCAAACGCAUUGUUUGAAUUUCUUUCUGAAUGUGAACACAUAAAAGGUCUUUCCUUUAACAAUUGCAAGUUUCUUGAUAAUCAAAGCUGUCUUCCUUUAAAAAACUAUUUGUCAAGUGAGAGAGCGGAAAUUUUGAUUAACUUAGAGUUUGAAUUUUGUACUUUCGGCAAUGUUUUUUGUAAGCAUCUCAGCAAAGCUUUGAAGAGUGAGAAUAGUAAAGUAACUGAGUUGAAAUUAUUUGGUAGCAGUAUAGCGAGAAAGGGGAUCAAUGUGCCAAAUAUCUUAGUGAAGCUUUGA